AUGCGUACCGCAGUACUCCUUGUCAGCAACAUACAUUGCCCUUCCUGCGUUUGCUUGAUCCAGGAUGUCUUCUCUCGAAAGGCCGGCAUUCUUUCCAAUGCUGAUGUCUCAUUAAUUGCGGAGACUGUUCGCAUUUCCUACGACGAAAAUGUCACCAGUUUUCACGCUCUCGUCGAUGCUUUAGUCGAUGCUGCCUUCGAGGUCCGCCAUGUUACCGUCGCCGACGAUCGAGGAGCUCAGGUCGAAGAUCAGGAUCUCAUUCCUGACUCAAUUCCCACAUCUUCUCGCUGGGACCGAAUGUGGCGUCGCGCACGCCAAGAUCAUAUCGACAACUGUGAUGCCUGCCAAAGCGAGCAACGGCAGAUGUCAACAGAAAAGUCAAGGGCAAGAACUUGGGCAACGAUUGUUAGGUCGCGUAAGAACGGCUCGUCUAUCUCGGGUCGGUCCAGUGCCCUUAGUAGUGCUGGUACUGCUGUGGACAAUCCUGCCGUCAUCAAUGUCGACGGCCCUCCGUCCAGGGACGACACCGCCAUCUAUAAGGCCGCGGUCGCCCUCGAGGGCAUGACUUGUGGUUCCUGCGUCGGAGCCAUCACUCGAGGGGUUCAGCAUCUGCCAUAUGUCUCGUCAGUCAAUGUGGACUUGUUGACAAACAGCGGAACAUUCGAAGUCAAAGGCAGGGCUAAUGUUGACCAAUUACUGGAGAGUAUUGAAGAUCUCGGAUAUGGUGCAAGCCUCGUCACCUUGAUCGAGCCCGAGACAGCUCCUUUGAACCCUCAAGAGAGAAUCAUUGAGCUCCAAAUUGAUGGCAUGCACUGCCAGAACUGUCCGGAUCGAGUCAAAGAAGCCCUUGAAGGGCUGGCAGACGCCACGGUGGCGGAGACAUUUUUCAAGAUACUGAAGACGCCGUCUCUAAAGGACCCUAAAAUCCAGAUAGCUUAUAAGCCCCGCCCAGCGAAGGGCCAGACCGCCCGACGAUUCGUACAGGCUAUCGAGGCCGUCGACACCGCAUUCACGGUCUACGUCUACCACGCACCCACGCUUGAGGAACGGUCCCGGCAUCUGCAACACGCUGAACGAAUGUCAAUUCUGUGGCGGCUGAUUUUCACUGGCAUGCUCGCUAUACCGACACUGAUCAUAGGUGUUGUAUUCAUGGCACUCGUUCCGAAGCACAACAAGACACGUCAGUGGUUUGAACAGCCUCUAUGGGCGGGCAAUACGAGUCGUCUCGAGUGGUCUCUAUUUAUUAUCACGACACCAGUCAUGUUUUAUGGUGCAGACAUAUUCCAUCGAAGAGCAUUCAACGAAAUUUGGCAGAUGUGGAGGCCCGGCAGCAGCUUCCCCCUCUCCAAGCGCAUUCUCAGAUUUGGAAGCAUGAAUCUCUUAAUCAGUGCGGCAACAAUGGUCGCAUACAUUUCAUCCUUAGCCGUGCUCAUCAUGAGUGCAACCAGCACUAUUGAUCAGCAACACCACACCAUGUCGAGCUCUACUUACUUCGACGCCGUCACUUUUCUAACCUUCUUCAUUCUUAUCGGCCGUUUUCUGGAAGCGUACAGCAAGGCGAAAACAGGAGAUGCCGUCACUCUGCUCGGCAAGCUUAGGCCGAGUGAAGCAUUUUUAAUUGAGCAGGGCAUUCGGAAGAUACCUGUCGAUCAGUUGGAAGUCGACGAUCUCGUACAGAUACCUCGUGGGCACUCUCCUCCCGCCGAUGGAGUAGUCGAACAAGACGGAUCAUCUUCGUUCGACGAGAGUUCGUUAACCGGAGAGUCAAAGCCUGUCAGUAAAAUCAAGGGCGACACCGUCUACUCCGGCACUGUCAACGUUGCUGAUCCAGUCGAGGUCAGAGUAACGGGACUCGGAGGCUCUUCAAUGUUGGACCAGAUCAUUGACGUUGUUCGCGGUGGACAGGCUAAACGUGCUCCUAUUGAGAGGUUCGCUGACGUCUUGACUGGCUAUUUCGUGCCUGUCAUUACCCUGCUUGCCGUUACCACAUGGCUCAUCUGGCUAGGCCUGGGUACAUCGAGCUCACUUCCCAGGGCUUGGCUGGGUGACAAGCAAGGUGGCUGGGCUUUCUGGUCGUUGGAGUUCGCAAUCGCUGUAUUCGUCAUUGCAUGUCCGUGUGGUAUUGGCUUAGCUGCUCCCACGGCACUGUUUGUGGGUGGUGGCCUCGCAGCGAAGCAGGGAAUCCUGGUCCAGGGCGGCGGUCAAGCAUUCCAGGAAGCCUCGAGACUUGACAGCAUUGUCUUCGACAAGACCGGCACACUCACGCAGGGUGAGAUGAAGGUCACCGAUUUCGAGCAGCUGUCCGACGUGCUCCACAAAGAUGUACUUUUAGCAAUUUCUCGAUCAUUGGAGAACAUCUCGAGCCACCCCAUCGCGCAAGCUAUUGCCACGUAUUGCUCUUCGAGCACGGCCGAACUCGCUCUAGCUGACGUCAAAGAAGUUCCUGGACAAGGCAUGAUUGGCACAGUCACACUCAAACACGGCACAGUCGAAGAAAGCUUCCACGCUGCCAUUGGCAACGAGAGUUUACUGUCCACGGUUGAGACCGCAUCAAUCACAUCCUUAGGAGAGGCUACCACGCCACAGCCCUCUACUGCUGGUUCGGCCAAUUUCUUCUGCCAUCAAUCCCUCCGUCGACAUCAAAUACAGGGACACAGCGUUGCGAUUCUUGCUGUCCGCCCAGCCUCGUCGCCCCACACUCACUACCAGCCCGCCGCUCUCUUCGCUCUUUCUGACCCACUACGCCCCGAAGUCGCCUCAGUGCUCGCAUCUCUUCGCUCACAAGGCUUGUCGGUGCACAUGUGCACCGGCGACAACGCCACCACGGCUUCUGCCAUUGCGGCCAGCCUGUCGAUCCCCGCCUCACAUGUCCGCGCUGGCGUCCUCCCGCAAGGCAAGGCUGCCUACAUCCAUGAGCUUCAACACGAACAUCAGCCUACCACGGGAUCCUCCAGGCGCCGAGUCGUAGCCUUUGUCGGCGACGGCCUAAACGACACCCCGGCCCUCACCGCCGCGGACGUCUCCAUCUCCCUCUCCUCCGGCAGCGACAUCGCCAUCACCGCCUCGUCCUUCAUCCUCCUCAACCCAAGCCUCCGCACCAUCACGAGCCUGCUCUCGCUCUCUCGCCGCGUGUUCCUGCGCGUCAAGCUCAACUUCUUCUGGGCAUUGCUCUACAACUGCGUUCUUAUCCCCGUGGCGGCGGGUGUUUUCUAUCCCGUAGGCGCCACUGCUGAGCACGGCGGCUGGAGGCUCGGUCCCGUGUGGGCUGCCGUGGCUAUGGCGUGCAGCAGCGUGAGCGUCGUGGCCAGUAGUCUGGCGCUGCGGUUGCCGGAGGUCAAGUUUGAAACGUUGUUCGGUCGCCGGAGGACAUGA